CUAGAUUUUUGCACCACUCAUCAAAACUCUGCGGCAUACAGACAAGAGCUAGGGGGGAGGGCAGAGAUUAGGUCUACAGUCGAGUGCAGGAACGCUAUUUCUUAAUAUUACUACCCAUCUUACUCUUACCACAUUGUCUAAAGAAGUGUUUGUACUCUCAUAUCCAUUCAUUUGUGCGUCUGAGCGCUUCAGUAGAUUGGGUUUAAUUAUCUCUUUUAAUCCCAUAGCCGCGGUGCUACAGUAGCUCUCUCUCUCUCUCUCUCUCUCUCUCUCUCUCUCUCUCUCGCUCUCGCUCUCCCUCGGCUGUCUGGCCAAUUGUUUCAACCCGGCGCUUAUUGCAUCAGGGCGCGUUUAUUAGAGUUUAGGGGUCCAAACUUGUAUGACAAAAUGUCAAAAGAUGGAGAAAAAACCGGGUGGAAGGAAUCUAUAUGGAACUCGAGGACGAGGGAGUUUCUGGGCAGGACGGCUAGCAGCUGGGGUCUUAUUCUUCUCUUCUAUGUAGUUUUCUACAUCUUCCUCGCCGGCUUGUUUGCACUCACCAUGUAUGUCAUGCUGCAGACUUUGGACGAACACAAACCGACCUGGCAAGACAGGCUCUCCACACCAGGCAUGGUGAUUAGACCCAAAUCAGAUGAGACCUAUGAGAUUAUCUAUAAUAUCGAUAAAACUGAGACCUGGGACAUGUACGCUCCGGCCCUGGACAAGUUCCUGACACCCUACAACAACUCCUUCCAGGCUGAGAAAAAUAACGAAUGCACCCCAGACCAGUACUUCCAGCAGGAGGACAGCGGCGAUGUGAAGAACAACCCGAAGCGCUCCUGUCAGUUCAACCGCACCAUUCUGGAGGAAUGCUCUGGAAUCAAUGAUCGUCACUAUGGAUACCAUGAGGGCAAGCCAUGCAUCAUCAUCAAGCUGAAUCGGGUGAUUGGGAUGCUGCCAGGAAUCAAUGGACAGAAUCCGUUUGUCACCUGUGGUCCAAAGAGAGAAGACUCUGACAAAAUUGGAGAGAUGGUGUACUUCCCUCCAAAUGGCACUUUCAACCUUAUGUACUACCCUUACUAUGGCAAGAAAGCUCAGGUGAACUACUCUCAGCCUUUAGUUGCCGUCAAGUUCCUUAACAUUACUACCAAUCAAGAUGUCAACAUCGAGUGCAGGAUCAACGCCAACAACAUUCCCGUUGGAAGUGAGAGAGACAAGUUUGCCGGAAGAGUUUCUUUCAAGCUGAGGAUCAACACUAACUAGGUUGACCUUUUUCCUCUCCUGAAAACCACUUUCUUCAUUCUCUGCAACCUUGCACAUACACAGAAACACAUGUCAGUAUUCACACCCUUUGUAGGAUUUGUUUACAACACCCCCCACACUUUGGGGGAAUCUGUUUGUCCAGUUGUGUGAUGAAAUGGGGCGAGAACAAAAGGGUGGUAAUUCUGUCAUUAUUUCUGUCUGUGAGCUUUGGGACAAAUUCUUUUCUGUAAAUUAGUUUCAGGGUGACGUCUAUUUAUACUGCAUGAAAAACUAGGGGAUGUAAAGGAUGUGAAAAUGUCUUUUCAAAGUUUGCAAGGAUCAGCAACAUUAACACGUUAUUGCUGCUCCCCUCCUGCUGCCUCCUUAUAGAGUAACCCUCUAUAAUUAUACACAACUUACAAUACAAAAUGUGUAUAUCUACAGUAUUUAUACGGUAUCAUAACCUUAUAUCAGUAUGUCUAUUUUGUUGCACUCAAAAGAAUAAUUCAACAGACUCGCAUAUAUCUUGAUGGAUGGAUGCAGAGAUGAAGUCAUUUUGCAUGUGUGUUUUGUCUUUAGUGUGCUAUGAGGGCAAGGAGGCCCCUUAUGUCCCACCUCUCUGCUAAGUGUGAAAUAAGGUUAUGUUAAACCACUGACCACCAGGAGGGGCCACACUGUAAUCUACAGAACCUUACACACAGCAAGUGUGUACUUUUGAGAACAAUACUGUAAGAUAGGCAUCUCCAAAAAAAAAA